UCGGUCCGUGGAGAGCGCGCGAAUCGCACAUCAGUCGUACGACAGACCGUCUUUCAUGUGGACGUCGCGACGCUCGUCAUUCUGCACUCGGUGUGAAGUUCAACAACAUGUGCUGCAACUAAACAGACUUGAUACGUUCACUUCGUAACUGGAUUACAGCUGAAGACGCUCCAGCCAAUAGAAAUUGUUAGAUGAUUGAGAAUGGAGGAGGACGAGCCGAUGUACGAAGCCGAAGAUUUCAUGUGCGACCAAGUGAUAAUCAGCACCGAAGUUGACGUCGACUUCAAGACUUACAGAUCCACCAUCACAAUACCAGCAACGAAGAUACGAUUGGCCGUUGCCCUUCUGACGGACUCAUUGCUACCGACCGUCGUGGGCGCCUACUACGCGUACUUGAGAAACCAAAAGUCAGUGUUGGAGAAUGUGCGCAGACAAAUCCUACCGGCUGUAUGGGCCGUCGUCGCCAACUACCUAUCAAGAUCCCUUUCGUCCGUGCAGAGAGGUAUCAUCUACCCCUUGACCUUCGUACCAAUCAAGUCGAGCGGCUUGGAAAUCGAAUGCGAGACCGACGAAGAACCGCCCGAAAAGUGCGUGAAUUGCAUCGUCUUGAGCGAACCCGAUGGAGACAUCCAAGCGGACGUCAUCUUCAUCCACGGUCUUCACGGGUCUCUUGGUAACACCUGGAAACAAGGUCUGUGGCGACAUCCGAAACAUAAGCUCAGCCAGAACAAGGCGAUGGGACAUAGCCAAUCAACUGGUGAUCUACCGGAAGCUACAACAUCCACUCACAAAUCGCUGAAGAGGAGCGUGUCCGGAAAUCCCUUAGUUCCACCAAAUAAGAUUGCGAAGAGAACGAUCGAUGAUUGCAUCGAUAACGAUUUUGUCGUACUCAAGAACGAAGAUGUUCCUGUUAAGCAGGAGUACACGCCGUGCUGGCCGCAGGAGUGGUUACCGAAGGACUGCCCCGGAAUAAGGGUGAUCGCUUUGAACUACACCACCGAUACGCACCUUUGGAGGCCAGUUUGGAUCAAGAAACGCAAGCGCACUAACAUGACGGAGAGAAGCAAAGAGAUGAUCGAGCAUCUGCUCAAUCUAGGCGUAGGUCAAAACCCCAUCGUCUGGGUGGGCCACUCCAAGGGCGGACUCUUCGUGAAGCAACUCAUCGCCGAUUCUUGGGAUAUGAAAGGUCAAUCCGGGAUCGGAGAUUUGUACCAGCAGACGAAGGGCAUCCUCUUUUACAGCGUGCCGCACAGAGGCUCCAUCCUUGCCGACUUCAAUUUACCGUUCCUCAGAAAAAGCAUCGAAUUAACGGAGAUUCAAAGAAAUUGUCCCUUCGUUUUGGGGCUGCACGAAAGGUUCUUGAAAGUGUGCAAAGAUGAAACUUUCAAUCCUGAAAUUUUCAGUUUUAUAGAGACUUCGUUCACUUUGAUGACAUUCAUCUACCUGAAGAUCGUCGCCUACGAAUCCGCAGAUCCAGGAAUUGGAUCGAUCCGCGGAGUUCCAUUGGACCACAGGGAGAUCUGCAAACCUGCUGGACGCGAUUGCUUCUUGUACGGACAACUAGUGAAAUUGAUUAACAGUGUGUUGUCGGAUGAGAUGGACUACGAUAAAUAUAGCGCUAUGCUUACUACGUUAGCUGAUCUUAGAUAGGUUUAAGAAAAUAGUGAUCUAGUUUCAAGUGAACAUAAAUUUGCGAAUCACGGGUAUAGCACUGAUUCAACUGUUGAAUAGAGUGUGCUUGAGAGAAAGCGAUAUAUAUAUAUAUAUAGUGUAUAUGUGUAGAAUAGAACCAUGAAAAAGCCGUAAGGCUUACGAAUUACUUCGUAUAUUUUUUUUAUAUGUAUACAGAAUGUAGAUGAUGUGAUGCGGUGUGCCAUAGUCCGAGUCCGAGUACCUACCAGUACCUUCUUACAAGAGUAAUAGUCUUCGAAUGUGAUCACAUUUUCUUCUCAGAAAAUAAAAUAAUAAUGAAAAGAAACAGAUUUGAAUGUACAGUUUCUACUUAAUAAGUUCUACAAGAAUUGUGAUAUUAAUCGUUAGGUUUUAUUUCUUUUACAUUGAGUAUACUCGUUGAAUAUCUUUGUUUAGUUAUUUCACAUUUUAAAUAAAUAUUUUAUAAAUAUA